UGAGAAGAACGAACCCAAAAAAAACAAAAAUUGGCAAAAAGAUGCAAACGCCAUUUCUCCAUCUCUGCAAAAGCUUCACUUCUUCUUCUCCACUUCCAUGUCGAAACAACAAUCUAUGCUUCGGGAUUCACAGUUCACCGCGACCGAACGACAGCAAUGGGCGAAAGAUCUUCGCGCAGCAGAGCUACAAACCAAACGAGGGUCCGGGAAACAAAGGGAAAGUGACUCUAAAGGGUAACAAAGAGAAUACGUGGAGCGUGGAUAACGAGAUGGCUGAGAACGAGAAGCGUAAGAGGAAGCCAAAGGGGAGGAAGAGAGGGAAGAGAUUAGGCGGAGGAGGAAGGAAAGGCAGAGUCUUGGUUUCAGGAACCAUGCUGAUUGAGACAGAGACUCUUCUUCAGACAGAGGAACCAGUGAUAAAGCCAAUUUGGAGAACGUUUGCGAGCAGUGUAAGUGGGAUAUGGAAAGGCGUGGGAGCUGUGUUCUCUCCCAUAACAGCAGAGAUGGAGCCUCUUGAGAUGGGUAAGAAGAACGAGAGUCUUUACGAUUGCUACACUCUCUCACGGAUCGAAGCCUUGCCAUCUGGAGAGUCUUCAUCUGAGACUGAGAUACAGAGGAAGAUCAAUUGGGUUACUCUGAAUCCUCACGGAGAGUUUUUCCAGAACGAUGAGGUGGUGGUUGAGCAGACUGGUUUGCCAAAGUUUGAGUCUUUUAACCUGAAAGCAAGUGAUGUCAUGGAAGAGGAUUCAAUGGGAGAUGAGCCUGGUCUUGUUUACUUUGAGGAUGGAUCUUAUUCUAGAGGUCCAGUUACAAUCCCUGUUGGGGAGAUUAGUGAGUCUAACUAUUACCUCACACCUACUUUCAAGUUUGAGCAGUGUUUGGUGAAGGGUUGUCAUAAGAGACUGAGAGUGGUGCACACUAUAGAGUUCGCCAAUGGUGGUGCGGAUAUACAGAUAAUGAGAGUUGGUGUUUAUGAAGAACAGUGGGUUAGUCCUUCAAACUAUGAAGACCAAAGUAACAACGAUGCACCACUGGAGUUAAAACCCUUCUCACAGAGGAAACGUAUUCAACCAUCAGAGCUAACAGGGUCAUGGAAAGUGUUUGAAGUGAGUGCAACUCCAAUCUAUGGAGAAGAAGACCUAGAUCAAAGCAGCGAGACCACUCCAUAUGUUUACUUUUGCACAGAGGCUUUGAAGAGAAGGGACUUACCAGAAACCUCGGUUUCGUUUGGAGAUGAGGAGAUGAUAGAUAUGCAGGAUGUGUCUGUGAUGUGGCUACCAGGUGGUGUGACUGCUUACGUGGAUGUGAAGAAAGAUGGAGUGUUAUGCGUUGGAAUAGGAUGGUACUCUGAUGAAGGGAUCAAUCUUGUGAUGGAGAGAGAUUAUGGUUUAGAUGGGAAUCUUAUAGAAGUUAGAUCCAAAUCCGAAGUGAAGAGACGAUGGACUGAAGAACCUAAGUGAAACUCUCUGUGUUCUUUGUCUUUAACUCUGUUUCAGACCUGAUGUUUAAUCUUUAGUACAUGAAAGCAACACUAGCUGAUGUUUGGUAAAAAGCUAUAAUAAGAUGUCUUUUCUGUUCUA